AUGAAUUCAACCGAAGAACUUUCACAAUUAUCAUCGUCGAUAAGAGAUUUUACCCCCGAACAAUUAGGCGAAGUGUUGAAAUUGCGGAAUAGAACUUCUAGCACCGAACAAUCAACUUUUCUUGGAUUACUUUUCUAUCGAUUAAAACCUUCUUGGGCGUCACCGGUGUUGUUUUUUGCCGCUAUUCAAGUUUUCAUUGUUAAAUUUUCUAUGCUUAUUUGGUUUUACGUAUUUUGGGGAAAACAUGUGUUGCCAAAUGAAGACGGUCAACCCUUAGUAAAAGCAGCCAACGUAGUAUUUCCAAUCGGCGGAUUCAUCCUCUUUGGAACACAACUUUGGUCGACUUAUGUCGUAUGGAAGAUCGCAAAUCAAGCUCGUCAAAAUCAAAAUCAGCAAAACGGUAAUGAAAAAAAAUUGGAGGAAGGUUCUGCUAGUAAUCGAGCCUCUACGAUUAGGGUUGAUGAACCCGAUCAAAACGCUUAG